AUGUCCGCACGUUGUGAUGCAAUAUCGCGUGCGGUUCAUGUGUCUGAAAGUUGCGGCAGCGGCGACGUGUGGCCACGGCGAGCGACCGGCGCGGUUGCGGGCGCUGCAGCGGAGGCGGAGGCGGAGGCGGAGGCGGAGGCGGAGGCGGAGGCGAGCGCGUGCCGUUACGCCGCCGCGCACCGCUCGUUAAGCCCGCCGAGGAGGCGAGGGUCCGCCGGAGAUAAGGUCAAUAAAUGCGCGCCACCGUCGCUCAUAAUUAAUAAGAGGCGCGCUACAGUGCAGUCUAGGGGGCAAUUACCGAAUUGUCUCUGGUGCGCGCACGCCUCGUGGGGUCCCGCUUCCGCGAAGAGCUUAUUUGGGCGAGUCGGGGCUAUGCAAGCU